AUGGAGACUGGCAUGCUUGGCUCUCGGCCUGUGUCUACACCUAUUGAAGAAAAUCAUCGUCUUGCAUUGGCUGAAGGACCUUUGCUCUCUGAUGCAGCCCAGUAUCGUUGUUUGGUUGGUCGUCUCAUUUAUUUGUGCUUCACUCGCCCGGAACUCUCAUACAGUGUUCACAUUCUUUCUCAGUUCAUGCACCAGCCUCAUGAAGAACACUGGCAGGCUGCCUUACGAGUUGUUCGCUAUCUAAAAGGCCGGCCUGAGCAAGGUGUUUUAUUGCGCCGGGAAAACGAUUUUACCUUGCAUGCUUGGUGUGAUUCUGAUUGGGCGGGUUGCCCUCUUACUCGUCGGUCUCUCACUGGCUGGGUUAUUCUCCUUGGCAACUCACCAAUUUCAUGGAAAACAAAGAAACAGCAUACAGUGUCACGGUCCUCUGCAGAAGCCGAGUAUCGCUCCAUGGCUAAUACCACUUGUGAACUCAAAUGGUUAAAGGAACUGCUCUUGAGUCUCGGGAUCUCCCACACGCAACCCAUACCUCUCUCAUGCGAUAGUCAAGCAGCACUUCAUAUUGCUAAGAACCCUGUUUUUCAUGAGCGUACUAAGCAUAUUGAGGUUGAUUGUCAUCUUGUUCGUGAUGCUAUCAUCCAGGGCCUCAUCCUUCCCUCCUAUGUCCCAACAAAAUCUCAGGUUGCCGAUAUCUUGACUAAAGCUCUAAGCUCCCAUUCAUUCGCAUCAAUGUUGGACAAGUUGGGCAUUAGUAACUUACAUGCCCCAACUUGA